AUGUAUCAUUUAAUAAUUAACUUUUGUUACAUUUUGUUAUCGAUAAAUGUUUUAUACGCUUCACCUAUAAGCAAUGAAAUUGGGAACGAAUUUGUACUGACAAAAGAUGUUAAAAUGAAAAAUCGUUGGGUUCUCAUACCAGACACUAAUGGAAGAAUGCAUUUGGUUGAUAUGAAAGCUUACAAACCCAAUCACGAAUCACAACCAGUGUUCAAUGUGAAGAGAGACGUGAAAUUUAUUUUGUCAACACAACGUGUUCAAGGAGUUGAAAUAAAAAUGAAUUUAACAUCGCUUUUGAAUGCUCGUUUCGGAAAAAAUCACCCGACACGAUUCUUAAUUCACGGUUGGAAUGGCGACAUGACAUCAGCUGUUAAUGAGAGAGUCACAAGGGAAUAUUUGAAACGAGGACAAUUCAAUGUGAUAUCAGUUGAUUGGUCAAAAGGCGCUGGGACGCUUGAUUACAUCGCCGCAAGUUAUCGAGUGUAUGAAGUUGCAAAUUUCACAGCAAAGUUCAUUGAUUUUUUGGUAGAACAUGGCUACAUACGAUUUAAUAAUAUUCAUGUAAUUGGACAUUCUCUUGGUGGUCACACAGCUGGAUUAGUUGGAAAAUACGUAAAGGGAGGGAAAAUCCGAGCUAUCUUUGGUCUUGAUCCCGCUGGGCCUUUGUUUGAUUUAAAUAAUCCAGAAGAGAGAAUCGCAGCGGAUGAUGGGGAAUAUGUCGAGGUUCUUCAUACGAAUGGAGGCUUUUUGGGCAUUGGUUCACCAAUUGGGCAAGCAGAUUUCUUUCCCAACUUUGGACGAUGGCAACCAGGAUGUGGCAUCGAUUUAACUGGCACUUGUUCACAUAGUCGAGCUCCAGAGUUCUUCGCAGAAUCAAUCAAUAGCAAUGCUUUCAUUGCAACACGUUGUGCUUCUUUUAAAGAGAUUAAAAAUGAACGUUGCACGACGGAAUGGCUUAAUGAAAGGAUCAUGAUGAAUCCAGAAGCUAUAAAUACUAAUUUAAAAGGAGGUAUAAAUUUGAUUAAAAUUCGGGAAAAUUUUUCAGUGUUCCAUUUGAAAAUGAAUAAGUUUGGUGCUUUGAUUAUUUUGGUAUUGGCAAGUGCUGUAACUUCGUCCCCACUUCUCCGUGAUGAAACCGACGACAUUUCACCUUUAAGAGAAUUUAAGGAAGAAGUGAAUGUCGAUGAUCCAAAACAUCGUUGGGCAAUGAUUCCAGAUGGCGAUGGCAGAAUGCAUUUAAUUGAUUUAAAUAUUUAUCCCGUUGAUAUUGAACCAUCGUGGAAUGCUGAUCAAGAUGUUUUUUUUCUACUUUACACCCGAAGAAAUCCAACAAGUGGAGAACGAAUCACGUUUAAUGCAGAUGCAAUUCGAAACACAAACUUCAAUUCUGGUGCUCCUGUUCGCUUUGUCAUUCAUGGAUGGAAUAACGAUCACACAUCAGCAGUCAACACGCAAAUUACUUCUGCUUAUCUUCAAAAUGGGGAAUUCAACGUCAUUGUCGUUGAUUGGGGAGCGGGUGCCAAUACAAUCGACUACGUAAGUGCCAGAAAUAGAAUCAACUCGGUCGCAGAUGUUGUUGCGAGAUUAAUUGACUUUCUUGUGAAUAAUGGACUAACACAAACUACUCGUGUUUAUGUCGUUGGCCACAGCUUGGGUGGGCACACAGCUGGUCUUACUGGUAAACGAGUGACAAGGGGAAGACUUCCUUACAUCAUGGGACUUGACCCAGCUGGACCUUUGUUCAGUACGGGAAAUGUGAAUGAGAGAAUCGAUGCUGGAGAUGCAAACCAAGUGGAAAUUAUGCAUACAAAUGGAUGGACUCUUGGUUUUGGAGAGCCACUUGGACGUGCUGAUUUCUUCCCUAACGGUGGGAGAUCACAGCCUGGUUGUGGAAUUGAUUUGACUGGUUCAUGUGCUCAUGGAAGAGCUCCAACAUAUUUUGCAGAAUCAUUAAAUUCAGCAGCUGGUUUUGUUGCUAACCGUUGUGCAACAUUUGCUGAAGUUGAUCGUAAUCAAUGUACAAUUCAAUCGAGUGGACAUAGAAUGGGCGGAGAGCCUCCAAAUUUGACCCAUAAUGGAUUUUUCUUAUUAGCUACAAAUUCAAAUGCUCCAUUUGCUAGAGGCUAAGAAAAUAAACAUUUAUUGUGUUUAAAUGCAAUUUUUUAUUCUAUAAAUUGUAGACUUCUUUCACAUUUCUAUAAGAAAUUUUAUUUAGUGCCGAUGUGAUUAUUAAAGAAUAAAAUUAAAAAAAAUUGAGUUUGCA